AUGGAGGGCGACUUCAGCAACCCGCUCGCCCCCCCGGACGACGACGGCGUCGGCGCGUCCACGCUCGACGAGGACCGCGUCAUCGCGCUCAUCACGGCGCUCGUGGAGCCUCCCGAGCGCGGCGCCCAGACGCCCUCGACGUCGCAAGAGGAGAGCGGAUCGCUCCUGUGGGACCUCGCCGCGUCCGCGGAAAACGCGCCGUGCCUCGUGAAUAGCCUCCUUCCCGAAGCCCUCGCGACGCUUCUGAUGAACCCGAGCACGCACGACCGCGUGCGAGAGAUCGCGCUCGGGACCUUGGGGAACUUGCUGUGCGCCCCGGACGGAUGGCUGCGUCUGGGAAACGACGAGAUCGUCGCCAACGCCGCGGCGCGGUCGCUGUUCGACUCCACGCACGCGCCGGUGAUACUCGAGGCGUGCCGCUGCUUCGCCGUCGCGGCGCGACCGAACGGAAACGCGAGGGCGUGGAGAGCGGUAGCGCUCGGCGACGACGCGUUCGCCGGGAGGGUGCUUCUCGUCGCCGCGUCGACGGCGAGAGCGGACGUGUUGACAGGCGCGUUGAACUGCCUCGCGUCGCUGUGUUCCGUCGGCACUCCGGUGGAUCCUCCGAUCGGGACGCCGUCGCGGUCGCACUCGCCGUCGCCCGCGUCGACGCCGAGACGAAGCGCGGGCGACGGCACGACGCGAGGGGUCAGCUCCGCGGUCGGCGCGGUGUACCGAGCCGGCGGCGUCGAUUUGAUUUCAUCGCUGUUAGACCCGAGGUCCUCGGAGGCGACCCCUGAGGUCGUCGACGCGGCGUUGCGAUUGUUAGAGGCGCUCGCGACGGCCGCGGAGAUCGUCGCGGACGCGUGGGGGGAGGAAGCGGACUCCGCCGCCGCGGCAGAGGACAUUUUGGACGCGACGCGGGCGAAGGAGACCGCGUGUUCGCAUUACAGGUUACGCGUGAACGUCAUCGACCGGCUCGCGAGGGGCCACGGCGGUGGCGGAUGGGCGGACGACGCGAACGACGGAUAUCUCGAGCCGUCACUGAUCGUCGCGCUCGCGCAGCUCGCCGCGGAGUGCGCGGACGGACCAGGCGCGGUCGCGCGCGCGAUCGCGUGCAGGUUGGAAGCGUUGGACGUCCUCGUCGCCGCCGCGAGGGGAUCGGACGAGGAGACGGAGGCGGCGGAAGCGGCGGCGUAUCUUUUGCGGGCGUUGUGCGCGGUCCUGGACGGCCGCGUCGCGCUCGACGUGCCGUUACCCUCCGCGACGCAGAACGCCGCGGUCGCGCGAUUAGAAGCGGCGAAAUUGCCGUGA